UUUCCGUUGAUAGACAAUCCAACACCCGUUUCAUGUCUACCAGUGUACGUACAGAGAUAGCGAGUGACGAGCCGGGACAAAACGUCGAAGAUUUACCGAUAGGUUGAUACGAGGAUUACAAACCUGUCAACAGCGUUCACCGCUGACACCAACAGAGAGCGUUAGUGAAGCCAGGCCACUCGAGAAAAGAAGCGACUCUCGCGGCUAUGUUUCGGCAGUUUGUAGCAGCACACUCUAAAGACGACGAAGACGAGAUUCCUAUUCAACGAGAUGCGUCCAGACCAUUCUUCACUCGCAAUAAAGGCGAGAUGGGCAUCUACAUUGACACGACUGACGCAGUUCCCCUGAAGCCUAAAGAAUUCAGCCUGGAACACUUCUACAUGAUGACACUGAAGGACAAACUCCAGGAAUACCUCUACGACACAGACAUGGUCAAGCUGAAGGGGGCUCUGGAGAAACGAAACGUUUUCAACGGAGUUAUUCUGGAAGAGUUCAGAAAAGGUCUUAUUCUAGUUGUGACUUUUGAUGACAUAGAUGCUAUUAAUAGUCUGUGGGAAUUGCACGUUAACAACAAGCUGUCUCCAAUGUUCCAAGACAUUCUCAUAGAUGGCGCUCUUCUCAAGGCCAUGGAAGCAAAGCGCGUGACAAUUCGCGCCAAACUGUGGGAAGACGAGUACAACGAUUCCAAGAUGGAGCUGUUGGAGAGAGGCAUGGAUCGAAUAUCACUCGACAAAUUUCCUAACGACAUCUCCCAUCUGAAGAGAAUUAAGAACUACCAGAGAAUUCUGAACGAGGACAUCCUCAGUCUGAGAGAUGCUGAGAACGACUUCGAGCAAAACCUCGGCGACUUCGUGUCGCUCGUCAAGAAACUACUGCCGGAAAACAAGACAGAACUAAAAACGCUGAAGGAAUUCAACACGUGCGUCAAGAUCGCCAAGGGAACCAGUCGUACCUUAGUCGGGUUUCAGGUGAUCGACCUCUUUACGAACACCGUGGAAGAGUUACGACGAUUCUUCGCCAAUAUGGAAGAAAACAUAUGUUACCCGCUAUCGCUGGUUCACAGGUUGUGUGAGUCGAAGAGUCAGAGGGAGAUGAAGACGUCGAUCAUGGAGACGGUACGAGACAUGAAACAGACGCUGAGCGCGGACAGCAGUCUACACCAGGUCAAGUAUCCCGAGUGGGAGGGCAAGAUUCUACAGAGAGAAAAGAAACUCUUCUUUGGACUAAUCAGUUUAAUUCCAUUGUCAAUCGAACGAAUAACUGACGUAGACCAUACUAUGGACGAAUACAUUACAUGCUUUCCUCAAAAAAUAUAAAUUUGCAGCAGGAUUUGUUUUGGUAGAGUUUUGGAAGUCGUCGUAAAGGACACCGAAUGGUUACGAACAUUGACGCAUAUGCCCGACAAACGUACCACUCGGGAAUUUCAAAGAAAAAAUUCCAACAGUUAAUGUCUCUAUACAUUCAAAAUUGUUUCUUAGUAAUCAUUCAUUUCACAAUAAAUCCCCAUUUUUAACAGGUGUACUUUGAUGGAUCGAGAGCAGUUUAUUGUGUAAGUGUUAACUCCUGUCCCAGUCCCGAGUGCACAGCUCAUUUGAGAGAUGAAACAUAUAUCGACUGAUUUCUUAUGAAGACUAACAAUUAGCAACUAACAGAUCGAAUAGCUUGUGCGUGUGCCUAUAAUAACGUUGAAUUUUUUUUUGAAUAAAUAAAUAAAUGACUACUUUAAGAUUCGAUGCAACAAGACUAAUACGUGCUGGGUUCACAUCCCAGUACCGGCUUCCAGGCAGAACGGGGAGAUGUCAUGCUACUAUCCAUAAGGCAACUCCCCCAUGUGCUGGAGCAAAUCCUCAAAUUCGGGCAAAAACGAUAGAGAUAAUCGGUCAAAAUGUGCUAAUCUGAUGCCUUCUUACCAUGUAUUUCCAUCAUUCUACCCGCAUAAUUAUGUAAAUCAUGUAAAUAUGCGCAGUAAUUCGUUUGUAACCCUAUAUUGCUAUUUGACAACAAUGCUAAUAUGAAUAAAUGUUAUCCAGAUUUGGUCAUUUUUGUUUAAUUC